UCCCUCACCGUGUACCUGGGUGCUCUUCCUUUCUUCAGCUCUCUCUCUGCACGGCUACCACAGCUCCAAACCUCUAGACCCUGAGUUCUUGAGUGUUUUAUAGCAAGGACAAUGGCGGGGGGUGGGUUUGUGGUGGUCUGGGAGGACGUUCACCAGAAGGCUUCAAUCAACGGGAGGUGAAGGUGGAGUGAAAGGUUUCCAGUGAAAACUGGGUUCAGUGCGAUACCGGAAAGUGCCCGUCCCAGCCUACCUGGUGCUGGAGAUCAUAACAUCAUAGAAAGUCGGGAGAUGGGCAGGGGUUGAGCUUGACCUGCGUUGGGUGGGAGACUUUUGGCAGUGAGACCUGCUCAGGGAUCUCUGGGUAACACCUCCAUGCCAUGUUUGUUUGUCUUCCCUAGAGAGCUGGUUGCUUGGUGCCCUUCAGCCCUUUCGUGCCACAGAGCUAACCCCUGUGAUGGUCUCCCCUGCCAGAGAAACCCAGUCCAUCGAGGAUGUCUACAGCCAGUCCUUAGCCAAAGCCCUGUACCACAUUCCCACUCCUGCCAUCGUUGGGUUUUAUGCGCCGUGGGGAUAUGGGAUUUCCCAAAAGAUCACGAUUUUGCGCAACAUUUUGCAGGAGAAGUCGAGGAAGAAAGAUGAGCGGGACUUCCAGCAGACGGGGCAAAGGCAGCGGGGGAAUUCCAGCUGGGACCUGCUCAACGUCCUCCUCCAUAUGAUCUUCUACCGCCCGGUCCUGACGGAGCAGCAUAAGGAAAGGAGGAACAUCCAGCACGUCUUCAUCCACUUCAGUGCCUGGGAGUAUGUGGGAAGUGACAACCUCUGGGCAGGCCUCAUCACUGCCUUGUGUGAUGGCAUCCAAAGACACUUUGGUCUCCUGCCCAUCAGUGUUUACCGGGUUAUGGGCCAGAAAUGUAGCCUCAGUGAUGGCUGUGGGGAUAAAAAAUGGAUUUGUAAGAGAUAUCUUUGCCUCCCGGUGUGGGCUGUUGGGAGUGUCUUGGCCAUCGUAGUAGUAGCAGUGGGAUUUCUUUUCUUUGUGCUUGGGACUCCUGUUGGUGACACGUGGGAAGAUAUGAUGAAAGCAAUUCUGGAGAGCAUUGGGAUAGCAGUGCUUGGCAUCUCUACAUUAGCUGUUGUGAAGCCAAUCUUCCUGGUGAUACGAAAUAUCAUCAAUACCCAGAAGGCCAAGCUGGAAAAGCUGAUGAACCGGACAGAUCUCAGCGCCCAGUUGGGCUUCAUGAGCUGCGUCAAGAGGGAAGUCAAGGUCAUCACGGAGUUCCUGAAGUUCAUGGAGAUCUUCCAGCGGCGGAAGAUCCGGGUGGUGCUGGAGAUCACCAACCUGGACCGGUGCAGCCCCAGCAAGGUGGUGGGCAUUCUGGAUGCCCUGAACAUCCUCCUGGCAGAUGACACAGCCCCGUUCAUCUCCAUCCUGGCCGUGGACCCUAGCAUCAUCAUUGACUGCGUGGGGAGCUCAGGUGGCACGGCCAAGAAUGGGUACAAGUUCUUGAACCACAUGGUCACCCUGCCUUUUUCGGUGCCCAAGAUGGAUGACGACACCAAGAAGCACCUUAUCCGGAGCAUUAUUGGAAGCCAACAGGAACAAGAGGGGGACUUGCAGGGGGUGGGCAUCAGGCCAACGGACAAGAAAGAAGCCAGCUUACCACUGACACCUCAUGACUCUUUGGCCAGCCGUAGCAUAGGGAGCCUAAGCCCAGAUGAAAGCCAAGUGCCUCUUGUUAUCGUAAGUGAUGGCCCCUGGGAGCCCUCCAACAGCUGUGCUAGGAAAGCCACCAAAACCCUUAUCCAAGAAGCCUUACAUUCCCUCCUGGAGGACUCCAUGAAGGAAUACAUGACGGACAACUUUGUACAGAUACAGAGGAUUGUGAACACCAUCAGCAUCACUGUCAGGCUCAUGGUGAUGAAAGUCUCCAGGGACAAGGUCUUCCCUCAGAUGGUGGCAGCGUGGGUGCUCCUGGCCAACCAGUGGCCGUGUCGCCUGAGCUGGAUCUUGCAGUGCAUUGAAGAUGAGGAGCAGAGAAACAGCCUGGAUGGUUGCCAGGGAAAUCUGCUCCCUCCUGACAUGCCGCUGUGGGAGGUUUAUGAGAAGUACAUGGAGGAGUUUGACUUGAUAAAGGGCCCGAUGGAGAAGAUGCUGGAGCUGGACAGUGACCCUGACCUCUUCUACAACUUCAUCCAUGACUGGUUCCGAGUGGAAGAUGCCAACUUCUACUUGCCCUUCACCGUCAACCUCGACUCAUCCCUGAAAAGGCAGAUGGAGCUGCAACGUGGCAGCCGCAGCCUGAAGUGGACAAAGAAAGCCCGUAGCCUCUCCAAGGGCAUCUUGUUGGCCAUGUCUGUUGAUGACAUCUGCAAAGAGAUGGCCACACUUGGCUUUAAAGAAGACAACCUCCAGAUAUAUGUGGAGAGAGUGAGGAAGCAUGACCUCAGUGGCCGGGCUCUGAUCUACAGCAACAACAGUGAAAUCAAAGAAGUCCUUGGCAUGAGCCUCGGGGAAUGGACUCACUUCAGCAUACGUUUCUUUGGGGUUCUCCCCCAGCCCGGUUCAUCCAACACGGCCGAGUCCUCGGUUCUGUCGCACGUCCGGCCAAAGGUCCUUGAAAACGAAGACAUGUCGGGACGUCUGCCCCUCGACACCGUCAAUGAAAGCCAGCCGCUCCUUCAAGAGCACCUUGCUGGGCAUGAGGGCAAAUGACAUCUCCAGGGAGCUGAAGGAGAUUUCGGGAGAAAUUAGGGAAGGAAACACAGCAGAGCACCAAGAGGACCAUAAAGACGCAUCAUGGAGCUGACUCAGCUGUUAGCUGCAUUGGCAAGCUCAGAAGGCCCAACCUCUUCAUCUCAGCUAAUCUCUCCACUCUGCACGUGUUAACGACCCUCUGCUUUUUAAUGGUCUUGAUGUUCCACUAUUCAAGCUACCCUUUCUUCUGCAGUGUUGUUAUUUAUCCAUUAGCCGUUUCUGGGAAUGUCUCCUAUUUCACAGCCCCUCGGACUUUUUAAUUCUAGCUCAUUCCCUUAACUCAAGUGUGAUAACGUUAACUCAGGGGAACACUAGCUCCAGCGUGGGAAGGAGUGACAGCGAAGUGUUGGAUGCACUGCCAAGAUGCUCAAGAAGACUAGAUUUUGUUUUAAAAAUCUGAACAAGAGACACGUAUUUAAUUAUCAUGAGUAGGGACGUACUUAAUUUGUGGUUAUACGGAGUUCAGAGAAACUGCAAAAUCCAUGACUGUCCACAAAAUCCAGAAAAAAACCUUAAUUUUUUAACUUACUGUUUUACAAACUUGAAUAAGAGACAUAUCAUUAAUUAUAAUGACCACAAGAUGCACGAGACCCUAUGGUCUUUAAACUUAAUAUAUAAGUUAGCUAAUUAGUAUGCAUUCCAAUAGUUAUGUUUGCUUUUGAUUUGAUCUUAAAUAGAAUAAUAUACCACUGGGUCCCCUGGCAUAUCAUAUUAAUGGCUGUUAGCCAUUCUGGGUAACAUCUCCCUUCUGGUGUUUUCUAGCUCUAGCUACAAACCUCGAAUCAGGUGUGCUCACAUUUAACUCAGGCGUGGUAAUGACUGACUGUGAAGUACUAGAAGUACUGUCAAGACGCUCAAGAAGGCGAGAUUUUGUUUUAUGAAUCAGAAGAAGAGAUGUACAUUUAACUAUAAUGACUCCAGGACUAAUGAAACAAUCUCUUUUUACUAUA